UCUAAUGCAUCUUUUCAAAGAUUUCUCAGUCUUCGUAAGAAAAGAAAAGAAAAAAAAAAACUAAGUUAAAACAAAGAUGUGGCGGGGCAGAAUAUCAAAAUCCUUACAAACUUUCACUGCUCACACUCUACUAUUCUGCUUCACAAUUUUGCUAUUUCUUAAAUUGGAUCAUCAUCUCUUCUCUUCUUGGUGGAUUAUUUUCUUCCCGCUUUUCUUAUUUCAUUUAGUCGUAGCCCCUGGAAGAUUUUCGUUACCUGCACCAGCAGCUUCCCUUGAACACCAUUGGGUACCAUGUCAUGCGAUUGUUGGCAUGCCUUUGCUUGUUGCCUUUGAGCUGCUUCUUUGUGUCUUUUUGGAGAGCGUCUAUGUUAUGAGAAUUCCUGCAGUAGACUUGGAGAUCGUCUUUCUGCCUUUAUUGGUAUUUGAAUUCACAAUUUUUGCUGACAAUCUCAGAAUGUUACUACCAGGAGAUGAAGAAAAUUUGAGGGAUGAUGAAAUAUGGGAGAUACUUCCACACUUCCGGGUAUGUAGUUCCAUGAUGUUAUCCUUUUUUGCUACCUUGAUCACCCUUUUAAAGCUAGGUGGUAACAUUCUUUGUAAAUCUUUUUUUUUAUUCAUUGGCUACAGAAUUGCAGAGUGCUUUGCUUUUCUUUUUUGCACAAAGUGGUCAAAUCAAGUGAUUCACAGAAAUUCCCAAGCACAUGAAGGCAGUUUAUCAACGGGUACUCGAUAUCUUGAUUGGAAUAGUGGCCCAGUAGUUGCCUCAGACGAUAUCUCUGUGGAUAGGAUGUGUGGAUUGCAAGACAUUGGUGGUCACAUAAUGAAAGCUCUUGUUGUUGCAUUUCAAAUCCUCCUUUGUAUCCGCUUAAAGGAAAAACCUGUUGCUGCUAGUAAUAUCCCACUUGCCAUUGUCUUCUCUCCUUUACUUCUACUGCAAGGAGCGGUAGUACUUUUCUCUGGUUCUGAAUUGGUGGAAAAGAUCUUACUUUUAAACAAUGGGACCCGCACAGGAAGAUAUUUUGUGUUUUCUGCUGGAGCUCGAGACUUCUUUGGGUAUUUGUACCGUGGCUCAAGGUUGUUUGGUUGGUCAUCGAUUUAUGAAGAAAGUCGGGAAGAACAGGCGCGACUUUACCAUGAUAGAGCUUUGGGUUAUAACACUUUCUGUGGAUAUUCACCUGAAGUGGUAAAGAAAAUGCCGAAAAAGGAUCUUGCUCAGGAGGUGGGGAGACUUCAGGCUGCUCUUGGUGAGAAAAUGGAAACCACAAAAUUCAGCCUGCAAGAGGUUGAAAGACUCCAAAAUGAAAAAAUUCUGUGCCAGGUUUGCUUUGAAAGACAAUUAAGCAUAGUACUCCUUCCCUGUCGGCAUUGGAUUCUUUGCAGCAUGUGUUCUGUAAAGUGUAACAAAUGCCCUAUAUGCCGCGCUGUUAUUGAGGAGAGGUUACCCAUAUAUGAUGUAUAGCCUUGGUUAUAAGAAUUAUCCGAAAAGUUAGACACAGUAGCUAAAGGUGCAAAGAUUUUGCAGAUUCAUGAUAAUUUUUUCUUGCCUUGUUGCCAAGCUUUUGUGGGCUAAAUGCUGAGUUGAUACAAAUAUUUUACUAGAACAUUAAGAAGUUAUACAUUACUUUUCCUCUAAAUUUUUACUGUAUAUAAAUAUGCCAUUUUUCUGGCUACCCAAGGAGCCCUUGUCUCAUCGUUAAUAACUUAA